AUGGGAGCCAGCUCGAGCAAAGGCGGCGUGUCGGGGAAAGGAGGGUCUUUUUCAGAUGAGAUUUACAAAGUCUUUGUGGAAUUGGAUACAGACAACUCUGGCUCACUUGAUUUUGCCGAGGUUCAAGAAGGUCUUCAAAAACUGCGGUAUCCAGCAAACUAUGCCUUUGAUGUUUUCACCACACUCGACAAAGACAAUAACUCCGAAAUCGAUUUCGAGGAGUUCAAGGAAUGGGUUGGAAUGAAGCACGAAGAUAUGAAAGUCCUCUUUGAGAGCGUAGACAGAGACAACAGUGGAUUCAUCGACUUUCAAGAACUGAAGUUGUUUCUAUACCACCUCGAUCUACCGAUUAAGAAUGCAUCGAUGCUUAUGAGAAAGCUAGACAAGGACGGAGACCAACGACUGUCAUUUGAAGAGUUCAGAUCAGGUUUUGCUCUAUUGCAUCCCUCGCAUUUUUCAUCUCUGAAGGACACGUGGAUGGAAUAUGAAUCUGACUCUGAUUUAGCCGGUGUAUCUGCCAUUGACGUUUCCCGUUCUGCAAAGCGCGACGAAUCCAAAACAGUUCCGGCAUGGACUUCAGCUGUUGCUGGAGGUUUAGGAAAUUCCAUUUCAAGGACAAUCAUCGCACCAUUGGAACGAACUCGAGUCCAAAUGAUUGCAGAUGCUGGCAGGUAUCCGAGCAUGCUUGCUUGUAUGCAAGAUAUCUUCAAAGUUGAGGGAAUCACUGGAUUUUGGGCGGGUAAUGCACUCAAUAUUGGUAGAAUUGCACCACAAAUGGCUAUUGCUUUCUAUGCAAAGGACUACUUCAAAGUUGUGUAUGCUGGUGAAGGAAACAAGCCGACGCCUCUUCAGACACUCGCUGCAUCAAUGUCAAGCGGUAUUGUCUGCCAAACAGGUGUGUAUCCGAUUGAUCUCAUUCGCACCCGGCUAAUGACUUCACCUGGCGCAUACGAUGGGAUGUUAGAUUGUUUGAAGAGUACAGUCAAGGAGGAGGGUAUGCGAGGGCUUUACAAGGGACUGCUUCCAGCCAACAUGUUUGCAGUUCCAUAUUAUGGUACCCAGUUCUUCGUCUAUGAUAUGCUGAAGGUACAGUAUACCACCUUCAAUCGUCCACCGGAUGAUCCACGCCCCGCCAAUCCACUCAUUGGUAUACCCUUGGGCGCAAUAUCCAGUAUGACGGCAUGUUUUGUUGCCUUUCCCUUUCAAAUGGCUUGGAAGCGGUUACAGGUCCAAGGUAUCGGGGGCAGACCAAUUCAAUACUCUGGUACAGUUGAUUGUCUCCGUCAGGUCGUUGCAAAGGAAGGGAUCAAAGGUGUGUACGCUGGUCUAGUCCCAAACUUGAUCAAAUUGGCGCCAACGGGCGCAAUUUCCUUUCUUGCUGUAGAAGCAAUCAAAGACUUUAUGGGAUGGCGACCCCAAAAAAUGAUGUCCGGCAAAGCUAUUGCUAUGAAAUAG